UGCGGCGAGCCGAGGUAGAACGAAGCCGGAGCGGCGCCUGGUAGGAGAAGGUUCAUCUUGAAUCGUCAUGACCAUUCAGCAGUUUCUUGUGUACCUAUCGCUCUGUGCGGUCUGUGUCCUGACCAAACCCACGGACAAGAAGGACCGUGUUCACCAUGACCCGCAACUCAGUGACAAAGUCCAUGAUGAUGCACAGAACUUUGAGUACGACCAUGAUGCUUUCCUUGGUGCAGAUGAGGCCAAAACCUUUGACCAGCUGACACCAGAGGAGAGCAAGGAGAGACUUGGAAUGAUUGUAGAUAAAAUAGACACGGAUAAGGAUGGGUUUGUGACGGAGGGGGAGCUGAAAGCCUGGAUUAAGAAGGCCCAGAAGAAGUACGUGUAUGACAAUGUCGAACGCCAGUGGCAGGAGUUUGACAUGAAUCAAGAUGGAUUAAUCUCCUGGGAUGAGUACAGAAACGUGACAUAUGGCACUUACCUGGAUGACCCAGACCCUGAUGAUGGGUUCAACUACAAACAGAUGAUGAUGAGGGAUGAACGAAGGUUCAAAAUGGCUGACAAGGAUGGAGACUUGAUUGCUACCAAGGAAGAAUUCACUGCCUUUCUGCAUCCAGAAGAAUAUGACUACAUGAAAGAUAUAGUAGUACAGGAAACCAUGGAAGAUAUUGACAAGAAUAGGGAUGGCGUCAUUGACUUGGAAGAAUACAUAGGGGAUAUGUACAGUCAUGAUGGCGAUGCUGAUGAGCCAGAGUGGGUGAAGACCGAGCGGGAGCAGUUUGUGGAGUUUAGAGACAAGAAUCGAGAUGGGAAGAUGGACAAGGAGGAGACAAAAGAUUGGAUCCUCCCCUCAGACUACGACCACGCUGAGGCAGAAGCGCGGCACCUUGUCUACGAGUCUGAUCAGAACAAGGAUGGCAAACUCACCAAAGAGGAGAUCGUUGACAAGUAUGACUUGUUCGUGGGGAGCCAGGCCACAGACUUCGGGGAAGCCUUAGUACGACAUGAUGAGUUUUAA